UCAUAUAUCGAAGAAGUCUUGUUUAUGUUUUGAUUUGAUAUAAAAAUAUAUAAAUUGUCUUAGGCUUGAAUGUAUUAAUUUAAGCAUGAUUUGCCGUUUGUGCCUGAACAACGUUAACGAUACAGAUACAAUUCGGAUAUUCGAGGACGUGGGCAUCUCCCUAAAUGUGGCCAAUGUGUUGGCCAAAUACUUUUGGUUUGAGCCAAAAAGCGAUGAUCCCAUAUCAACGGUGAUCUGUUUGACCUGCUGGAACCAGGUGAACGACUUUCAUCAAUUCUAUGUGGCCGUGGAGAGUGCACAUCGAUUGCUCACCGAAAGGUUCUCUUUGAAAUCUGGCCAGGAUCAGGGGAAAGUUGAGCACGGUGAGGACUCGGAGCAGCAGGAGGAGGAGCAGGAUGAGGACCAGGAGCUGGGAUUACCUGGCAGCGAGGGUGGUUCCUUUACCAACGAGCAGUUCCUCACCGAAGUUAUUGCGCAGCAGGAACAGCAAACGGAAUCCAACCCACCAAAGAAACAGUUCAUAAAAGAAGACAUAGCAACAGAAAACGAUUUAGAAACCGCAGACACCUUACCCACAGAAGAGCGUAGAGAAACUCGUUCGUCCGCCAAAAGUAAAGCCCAUCAUUCGUUGCCUCCUUCGACACCUCCUGAAAAAUCGAAGCCUGUGGCGAAUAAAUCCAGACCGAAACGAACCCCGCGCAAAGCAGAAGAAGCCCCACAAAAAAGCAAACGCUAUGCGGACUACAAACAGUGCAUGCUGGAUAUCGAUGCCAAGAUAUCUGCCCACAUGCGACUCACCUGCGACGUUUGUCACGAGGGGCAGGAGACCUUCCUUCUGCUCUGCAAGCACAUGCUGCAGAAGCACCAUCGCAAGGGCUAUGCCAUUUGUUGCAAUAAAAAGUUCUACAAGCGCUCCUUUCUCACCGACCAUAUUGAUCGACACGCUGAUCCGGAGAAGUUUAAAUGCACCCAGUGCGACAAGCGAUUUGCAGACAAACAGUGCCUGAGGAACCAUGAGCUGCUGAAGCACCAUCCGGAGGAGGAGAAGACCUUUAUGUGCGAGCAGUGCCCCAAAAGGUACACUAAGCAGUAUCUGUUGGAUCAGCAUCGCGUUAUCCACAAGGAGCGCAAUGUGGUGUGCGAUCUUUGUGAGAGGAGAUUUCCCAACCAAUCCCUUCUGUGCACGCACGUCAAGAUGGCGCAUGGCAACUAUGGCACCAUGUGCGACAUCUGCGCCCAGGUUAUACGUGGACGAGCUGCCUUCCAGCGACAUCAGCUGGAGCACGCUGGUGUCACGGAGCCCAAGGUUCAGUGCGACAUCUGCGGAUCCUGGCAUAAGAACAAGCACAGUCUCAAGAAGCAUGUGCGGCGACAUAAUGGCACUGCUGCCACUUGCGAUGUGUGUGGAAAGGUUUCACCCAAUAGGAGCGCCAUGCUGAGUCACCAGCGCUAUGUGCAUCUCACGGACAGGAAGCACGAAUGCAGUGUGUGCGGCAAAUCCUUUAAGAAGGCCAUCACACUGAGGGAACACAUGACCAUGCAUACGGGCGAGGUGCUUUACAAGUGUCCUCACUGCCCGAAGACCUUUAACUCCAAUGCAAAUCAGCACACGCAUCGUAGGAAGUGUCAUCCCAAGGAGUUCGAGGAAGCAAGGAAGGCACGCACAGAGCAACGAAAAGCCAUCGACGAGGAGACACCCAGCGUGUUGACCAUCUCAACGGGCGAGGAUGGGGAAUCCCACAGCAUUCUGCUGACGAAUACCGAAGAGGAUAUUAAGGGAGAUACCAUCGAGUUCACUCUGUGUCUCAGUGCCGAUACCACAGAUUGAAAAUGAUUUCUGUUACAAGCACAGUCUGUGUUACCAGCACAGUUAAAAAAUGGCAGAAUGGAAAUUUGAAAGAUUUUUCUGAAAAAUGAAGUCAAUUUCCUAGACAUUUUAAAUAACUAUCUAAAUUAGAAACAGGGUGUUUAUUUUUAGAUCCUUAGGCUAGCGGCGUUUAACAAAAUAGACGGAGAUUUUAAGUGGAA